ACUUCAAAUCAGAGGUGGCUUGGGAAGACGAAUAAGGAACACAAUAUGGUAGCAGACGACAUGCUAUUUCCAGUACUCGAAAUUGUCGUGUGUUGGAGGCCGUCGUUUGAUUGACGGCAGUGCGAGAAGCAUCACGCCCUCGAUUGUAGUCGAGAACCUUGGAUUCGACUUGACGUGGCCAUGUCCCAUGGAGUUGGUAACUUAAGGCAACCAGGCUGACGCCAUGGAUGGCCUUGAUAUAUGAGGGCGAGACAUGCCGUCUUUCACUACAUCCUUCGUGACAAUGGAACAACACUCCCUCAAUAUUGCCAUCAUUGGCGGCGGCCUGGGUGGCUUGUCAGCGGCCAUCGCUUUACGGCAGGUCGGACAUAAUGUGACUGUCUAUGAGCGCGACCAUACUCGGUACGAACUUGGCUCUGGCAUCGGUGUUGUGAGUAACGCAACAAAAUGGCUAGAAGGUGAAUGGGGUGUCGAUUUUGGAUUGGCCAAGGCACUGGUAUGUGAGAGAGCCCAGAUACACGACUGGAAAACUGGUAAAAUCUUGGCCGACGUAGGGACUGGAGACUUUAAGAGUCGUUUUGGUCACAACUAUUAUAUGUGCUAUCGCGCAGACUUGCACAAAGCACUCCUUCGGAAGGCGUUGGCGGCACCAGACAACCUGAAUGUUUCUGUGCAGCAUGUGUUUUUGAAGCAAGACCACAGAUGUGUGGCUGCAAAUGCUGAAGAGGCGACUUGCACGUUUUCAAAUGGUGUCACAAUCAAGGCAAAUCUCAUUGUGGGGGCCGACGGUAUCCAUUCUCAGAUCCGACGUAGCAUUGGAAUUACUCCCGAAGCCAAUCCAUCCACAUCGUGCUGCUAUCGAUUCAUCAUUCGACGGAGCAACUUGGAGUCACUUCAAUUGACCGAUCUCUGCAACAAGCCAGUCAUAUCCAUCUGGGGAGGACAAGGCAUCGAUAAGGUCGUCUGGGGACCCGCACACGAUUUUGGCUUACUUACAGGUUUUGCAUUCUUUCCAGCUGAACGGGCACCCUUGUGUGAAGACGGCUGGGACAUACCUGCGAGCCCGGCUGAUUUGGCCAACACAUUUCCGGGCAUUGACCCAAUUCUCCGGGACGUAAUGUUGGUGGCUGAAGAUGUCAAGAUAUGGAGAUUGUUUGAACAUCAGCCAUAUCCAUAUCGGCAAAAAGGGAAAGCAUGUUUGAUUGGAGACGCUGCAGCGCCAAUGAUGCCUGAUCAAAACCAAGGCUUCUCUAUGGCAGUGGAGGAUGCUGCAGCGUUGAGUCUGGUUCUUUCGCAGGAGAUGCUGAGGCGUUUGAAAGGAAAUUUGUCCAAAGCUCUCGACUUGUACGAAGAACUACGCCGUGAUAGAGUCAGGAUAGUGCAAGAGAAGUCUUUGAAGGCGAGGACUGAUGUACGAGAGCGUUUCGGAUUUGCGACACCGCAGGAUCCGCCUGGCAAAUUGACAGCCGAAUGGCUCUGUGAGUAUGACAUGCGGAAGCACCUGGAGGAGUUGCUGGCAGGGGGUGAGAAGCAGCAAUAAUGAGCAUGCUUGUCAAAGGGUGUCCAAGGAUGGAACUUGCUCGGACGAUUGCGCGCUUGGAGUUGUUUCGAUAUGCUAACGGAGGCUUGAUCUACCAUAUGUCGACGUAGCAGCGUCGAUAAGUUAAGCUGAUGAAAUGACAUGUCACUUGUUGACAAGCAGAGACAGAAAAAAGGAUGUUAUCUUUAGGCAGAUAGAUGCAGUGACAGAAACCAAUGAGGCGGAUAAUCUUCGG